AUGAUUUCAGCGAUCAACACAUAUACUUGGAAUCAAACAAGUCAUACAAAAAGUUUUCCUGACGACAUCCUAGCUGUAUCGUAUGAAGAUGGCAAGUGGAGCAAACCAUAUUAUGAUUGUGGAGGUGGAAAUAUAUGGAUGCUUACAUAUACCGUACCAUUUUUUGCUUUCAAGGACGCCAAGUAUUUUUUCAAGGGGACCAGCGGAAUCGAUAUCGACUUAAGGAGAGUGGAUAUCGACCAAUGUAGUUUGCCCGAAGGCAGUACAAAGCUGAACAUUUUUGCCUCUUCAAAUAAAUGUAAAAUGGACACUACUCAAUGUGUCUCGUUGGCUGGAUUUGGCUUUCGUCGUGGAAGUUACAAGUGUGUGUGCCGUAAAGGAUAUUAUUUUCCAAAUAUCACAAGCACCGAAAAGUCGUUCAAUGGCAUCGUAGUAGAAGAAGAGUACGAAAAGCUUAUGUUGGGAAAACCAAAUACGUAUAACAUCGACAUAAACUUUCAAUGUAAAAAAUGUGCCGAAGGUUGUGACGAUUGCGUCGAUUUUAGUCCAUGCAUCGCCACCUACGACAUUAUACUUCGAAUCACAAUACUAUUAUUAACGCUCCUGGUGAUUGGAUUUCUACCAAUGGUAGCUAUAUUUACGUUCAAAUAUAGUGAUCUCAAGAUUGUAAAAGCCGCUAGUCCAGUGUUGUUACAGAUAAUAAUCUUGGGAGCUUUUUUUAUGUAUACAACGAUCAUCGUCAUGUACCCAACACCAAAUCUAGUAACGUGCACUGCACGAUUUUGGCUCAGGGAAAUUGGAUUUUCCCUCACAUACGGCGCACUCAUGUUGAAAACUUGGAGAGUAUCUCAAGUGUUCAAAGUGAACUCGGCGAAGACCGUUCGCAUCACUGACAAGCAGCUAAUUAAACUUCUGCUUCUAAUGAUCGCAUUUGUCACCGUGAUACUGUUCAUCAGGACCAUGGUGUCUCCACCACACACGAUUGUCGGUCGCACAGCAGACAACCUUAAAACAGAUAUUUGUCCCACAGAUUGGUGGGAUCACUCGUUUUCUAUUCUGGAAGUUUUAUUCUUAAUUUGGGGUAUCCGGUUGUGUGUAAUGGUUCGAAAAACGCCGUCUGCUUUCAAUGAAAGUCGGUUCAUUUCUAUAGCCAUAUAUAAUGAAUUUAUCAUGUCCGUAUUUCUCAAUGUUUCCAUGAUAUUUUUAAAAUACCCAGCUAAUCCAGAUUUACAAUACGUCAUAUUUUUUUGUCACGCUCAACUUACGGCAACCGUAUUACUGGGACUUUUAUUUGGCAGUAAGGCUUUGAUAAUAUACAAAGGCGAACACAAGGUGGAAGAGACGUCUUCUCAUAAAAUAACUACACAAAAGCUGAAGUUCAAUAGUAAACAAAAACAUUCUGAUCCGUCGUAUGAAAGUAUAAGUGACAACAAAGAAAGCGCAGAGCUCCAGGAAAUUCGAAUCCUAAGAACCACCAUAGAGAACCUUAUAGAAGAGUUUCUCAAGUGUGGACCAGCAUAUUCUGACUAUGUGUUAAAACUACAGGCCAUGUUGGAAGUGAUGAAGAACUCUAAGUUGGGCGAAAGUGAAGAAUUACAGCAGAAAUUGGCAUUGAGCAAUGGCUGCGUUAUCAAAGUGGACAGUAAUAAAGAUGUUUCGUGUACAAAAAAAAAUUAG